CUAAAACACUAAGUAACAGUAAAUAAGCAAUUUGACAGACAUAAAUAUAAUGAAUCUAUAAUUGAGUACAGCGGUUAAAUUGUAGCUGAUUGCGCUGAAAGCAUUUCAUAGAUUAGCUCAAAGGUUGACUUGUUGCGACACACUUGUGCAAGAAGAAAUUAUUCACUUGCACAACUGAGAACCUAGUGACAUAUUAAGUUAAGCUAAGUAGACAGACAACUACAUGGCUUUAUUAAUUUUAAACAACAAAGUCAAGAUGUACUUAUAACCCCAAUAGUGUAAUACAAUGUCUUGGAUGACUUCGUGGGAAAUAGUGGCUGUCAUUGAUUAACACAGAUGGCUUUAAAGCGGGGCUCUCAGGAUCUUGCAGGGCCCAAACAGGGUGCUAGGCCUGUUGUGGGGAUCCCUGCUGCACAGCCGUCACAAGCUGAAAGAGAAGAGGAAGAGGGUCUAAACGCAGAGAGCAAUAAACUGUUUCGAUGUGCAAAGGUUCGGCGCUGGCUUCCACUGGCCUACAGAGAGGAGCUGUACCAUGUCUUAAGGCUCACAGGUCCACUGGUGCUGUCACGAAUUCUCAACUUCCUUCUGCCUUUUGUUACCACUAUUUUCUGCGGUCACAUUGGUAUUCCAGAGCUGGCUGGAUAUGCACUGGCCUCAGCAACAAUUAAUGUCACCACAACUGCGACAGGCAUAGGUCUGGGUUUGGCCUGUGAUACACUUAUAUCUCAGACAUUUGGAAGUAAAAACAUGAAGCAAGUGGGGACCAUCCUUCAGAAGAGUUCAGUGAUUUUACUGCUGUUCUGUCUGCCAUGUUGGAGCAUUCUUAUAAACUCUUACAGCUUACUAAUUGCUAUGCACCAAGGGGAGGAGGUGGCCAGAAUAGCGCAUCUCUAUGUGAUGACCUUUUUACCUGCUGUUCCUGCCAUGUUCCUGCAUCAGCUGCAAGUGGCCUACCUACAGAAUCAAGGGAUCAUUCUGCCUCAGAUGUACACUGCCGCUGUAGCAAACAUUUUUAACUUGGGCUUUAACUAUGUUCUAAUCAUCAGCCUUGAUUUGGGUGUCAUAGGAUCAGCAAUCGCCAGUGCUCUUUCUUGGAUCACCAUUUGCCUGCUGUUAUUUGGCUACAUCAGAUGGAGGAAGUUGCAUGAGCAGACUUGGGGAGGCUGGUCCACUGACUGUCUGCAGGACUGGGGCUCUUACAUGAAACUAGCCAUUCCCAGUGUAUUCAUGAUCUGCUUUGAAUGGUGGAUUUGGGAGAUUGGUGGUUUCAUGGCUGGUCUACUUGGUGAAUUAGAUCUUGCUGCACAACAUAUCAUGCUGGAGAUUGGGGCCAUAACAUACAUGUUCCCUCUUGGUAUUCAUGCAGCAGCCUGUGUUCGAGUUGGUAAUGCUCUUGGAGCUGGAGAUACAAACCAGGCCUUAGUGACCUGCAAAGUGGCCCUGGUCCUGUCAGGGGCUCUUGCUGUGCUGCAAGGCAUUGGUCUAGCAGGAUGCAAGUCUACAAUUGGCUUCAUAUUUACUUCAGAUGAGACCAUUGUGGACAUUGUCUCAAAUAGCUUCACAGUCUACAUUUUUGUACAGUUCUUCGAUGCACUUCUGUGUGUCUGCUCAGGGAUCCUUGUUGGAGCUGGGAUGCAGAAAAUUGCAGCUGUGUCUAACUUGGUGGGCUACUACAUCAUAGGUUUGCCUGUUGGAGGUGCAUUGAUGUUUAUAGCUGAACUAAGGAUAUUAGGUCUAUGGCUGGGUCUUUUGGUCUGCGUCUUGCUUGAAGUGGGAUUCUUCCUUUUUCUGAUCUUUAAACUUAACUGGAAGAAGGUGACACAAAAGGCCCUUCGUCGAGCUGGUAAGAAAGUAUUGGUGACAUGUAACCGGCCGACGAGCACAGUGCUGACAGAGGCAACCGUUCCUGAUUUGAGCAAUGAACCAAUGGUAGAGAAUGAGGAUGCAACUAAAGGCAGUGACUACUGUACUAUCAAGACUCAGGAUCAAGAGGAAAAACCUCUAAAUGACAUCAACAAUCAGACAACAUCAGACAACAAAAUCCCUCCUGACUCUAAAACUGAAUCUGCUCUGUCAGUCUCUCAGCUCAUACUACGAAGAGGAUUCACACUGCUGAUUUUAAUCCUCAUGUUGUUGAUAGGCAUUGCUUUCUACAUUACAUUCCCACCACCAGACUUUGUUAUGCCGUCACAAGCUAACUUUACACUAAACUGGGCCAAUGGGACCACUCCUGCACCUGUGGAUGUCAUAACUCACUCGUAACUUUUGCUAUUGCGAUCUUUCAUUUCCCUACGACUUCCAUUGUGGCAGCUGCAGUGUACAUGCCUGAACAAGUCCAACACAAAACCACAUCAAAAUGGGUUCCUGAGGAGAGGAACGAGACUGAGAGAAUCAAAGCAUUUUCUACAAAGAUGAUGUUGUAACACAGCACAUGAGGCGCUCAGCUGGGAAUAUAAGAAACAUUUACAAAUCCCUCGCCGCAGGGACAUAUGGGCUACAGGCAGCAGAUGUCCCCACACAGCAAGCUUUCGAACCUGAUUCAUGCUACAAUGUGACAUAUCAUUGCUGACCCCAUUAUUUUUUACUUUUCUAUUAUUUGAUUUAAAUACGGAGAUAUAUAAAAACAAAACAUAAACAGAUCAUGUAUUUCCCCUGGUUAGAAUGUCAGAAUUGUGCUAAUGUAACUGAAAAGGCUAAAACAGCGUUUCUCAAACUGUAGUUCAUGUGCCAUUGGUGGUAUGUGGGCGGCCUCUGGUGGUGCACUGGACCCUCUACAGUUUGUAUAUUUGUUUAACUGAGUCACAUCUAUUAAUGUUUUUGUCCUCCUUUAAGGAAAUCAUGAUUUAGAACUACCCGACCUCUUAUUUUAGACCUGGCCCAGCCCUAAUUAAAGGUCUGUUCACACUUGUCCAGAAUUGGCCUUAGUUUGAGUUGUUUUGUCCUAAAUUUAGAUAGUUCUGAUGUAGUGUGUGUGAAAGUGUGAACGCAGCCUUAGGCCUGAUAUAGUCCAGAUUUAAAUCUGUGAUACUCUUUUAAUUCUCAUUCAUAGACUGGCAUGCAGUAUUUCAAUCUUGGUUUUUAUACAACUUAUUUUAAGUGACCGAAGAUAGGGUAGGUUGCCUGUAGAAAACUGAAAUAUGUAUUUGUUUUCUGACAUAAAAUCAUUUUUUGUGGUCUGCUGUGCCAAGUUAUGUGCAUAGACUCCUAUAUAUCACAAACUCUCCCAUUCACAACACCUACAUAGUUUGAAUGAAUAAUUGAAUUCAAAUCCAUGCCUACUCCUACAACAGAGAAGUAAUACAUAGUCAUUUAACCACAGAUGGACAUUUUAAUAAAGACAGCAGAGCCAGGACCAUGGGAUGAGUGUGAAUGAGCCAGGCAGAAAGCAUGCCAGUGAUCACAGAGGCCAGGGAGAGGAGUUCAAACUAAUAGAAAAAACAGUACAAUCCAAUGUAAAAUUAUGCACUGUUAAAGAUCAUUUAGACUUGAAAAUUGGCUCUGUGUUUAACAAAUAAAAUAAAUAAUUUAUUUAUUAAAA